AAAAGGCCGGCUUUUAUGAUCCUCUGGGUCUCUAAUUGGAUUGAGGCUCAGACACACGUGUUGCUGGUAAUCCGCAUGCACAGCUAAUGCGACACUCUCCUCCCUCCCUCUAUCCGUCCCUCCCUCCCUCUCUUCAAAUCUAAACCGGAGACCAAACACAAAUCAGUUUCCAUCAAGUAAACACAGUCAGGCGUGCACAUACAGCGUGUAUCGAGACAGACAACAACAACAACAAAAAAAAGAGAGAGAAUCUACAAGACCAAAAUAUGAAAGCCCACAGUGUCCUCUCUUACCCUCUGCUACUCCAAGCCGCCUGUAUCGCUUUCUGGGCUGUUUCUGCUGUAAGCGGAGGAUUCUGCGAGGUGAAUUAUUGUAUGAAUGGAGGGACGUGCGUGACUGAGGUGGGCGAUGCCCCCUUCAUCUGUAUCUGCGCCGAGGGCUUCACUGGAGACCAAUGCAAUGCCACUGAGACUGGUCCGUGCCAACCGAACCCAUGCCACAACAAUGCGGCCUGCGAGGUGACCAGCAAGACGCGGCGUGGGGAUGUCUUCGGCGAGUACAUCUGCAAGUGUCCCGAGGGAUACAACGGGGUGCACUGCCAGAACAAUGUGAAUGAGUGUGCCACACAGCCCUGUAAGAAUGGGGGCACAUGCCAGGACAUGGACGGGGACUAUACUUACAAGUGCCCCUCCCCCUUCUUGGGGGUGCACUGCCAAAUGCGCUGUAUUUCCAUGCUGGGCAUGGAGGGUGGCGGGAUAGCAGAGUCCCAGAUCAAGGCCUCCUCUGUGCACUAUGGCUUCCUGGGGUUACAGCGCUGGGGUCCCGAGCUGGCCCGGCUCAACAACAAAGGCAUCGUCAACGCCUGGACCUCCGCCAGCCACGACAAGAGCCCCUGGAUAGAGGUGAACUUGAAGGAGAAGAUGCGUGUCUCUGGGAUCAUCACGCAGGGCGCCAGCCGCAUGGGCACUGCCGAGUUCGUCAAGUCCUUCAAGGUGGCAUCGAGCUUCGACGGGAAGACUUUCACCAUCUACCGGGCCGCGGGCCAGCGGAGAGACAUGGUGUUCAUGGGGAACGUGGAUAAUGACGGCACGAAGACCAACCUGUUUGAGCCCCCCAUCGUGGCUCAGUACAUCCGCGUCAUCCCAGUGGUGUGCCGCCAGGCCUGCACCCUCCGUUUCGAGCUCGUGGGCUGCGAGGUCAACGUGUAUUUCAACACGGCAGGUUGCUCUGAGCCCUUGGGAAUGAAAUCCCGCAUGAUCGCCGACAGCCAGGUUUCCGCUUCCAGCGUCUUCCGCACCUGGAACAUGGACGCCUUCACCUGGCACCCGCACUUCGCUCGGCUCGACAAGCAGGGCAAGACCAACGCCUGGACCGCGCUGCACAGCGACCGCUCCCAGUGGCUGCAGGUUGACCUUGAGACCCCUACACAAGUGACGGGUGUCCUCACUCAGGGAGCGAAGGACUUUGGGAAUGUCCAGUACGUGUCGGAAUUCAAAGUGGCCUACAGUGAUGACGGGAAGUCCUGGACGGUGCUCAAGGACAAGAGCAAAUCUGACAAGGUGUUCCAAGGCAACGUCGACAACAACUCCCACAAGAAGAACAUCUUCGAGCCGCCCUUCUUUGCCCGCUUUGUACGGAUCAUCCCCUGGACCUGGCAUGAGCGUAUCACCCUGCGGAUGGAGCUCCUGGGCUGUGACGAGUAGAGCCCGUUCUCCUGCCCCGCCCAGCGCAAAGCUCCGCCCUGCCAGACCUGCCUGCUAGACUCUAAUUCCACCCACAACCUACCUAACCUUUCCCUCGCUUAGUACCCACCAUGUUAGGUUGGGUCUGAAAACCUAAAUGCAUGACCUUUUAACCCGUAUCCUCUGUAGAAACUGCUGUAGCAAAAAGGGUUCCACCCCAGAGAGAUGCUGUAAACCAAUGCAACUCGUGUCCGGUUGUGUUUGUAAAAACAGAUUGGAUCUCUAUUGUGAAGGGUGAGAUUCCAAAAGGCAACUGUUCAUAUUGGAGCCAGAUUUGUUUGCAUUGUGUUGUGCAUGAGCGCUACUCAGCAGGAUCAGAGGGGGAUAAGGGAUAAAGGGUUAAAAUGCACUGACGUGUUUAUAUAUUAAAGAAAAAGACGAAAAAAACCCAGCGGUGCUUCACUGCAAACAGAAUCUAUGCAGGGAGAGCCCUGACUGAAAUCAACAACAAAGCUUUUCCAAUCCCAGGAGAAAAGCAAGCAAAACUUUGAAUUUUAUUGUAAUAUCUUGGUUAGUAAUUCUCUGAUAGCGGGAGAAGGUGAGGGCCAAAUUGAGAGAAACCUGCAGAUUACCUGCGUACCUAUAUUUUAUAUAAAAAAAGGAUAUAUAUAUAGAUUUUAUGUGCUUUUGCAAAUACUAAAAUUGAUGACAGAGAAUGGUACUGUAGUGAUUCUGUGAUUUAUUAAUUUUUUAAAAUAUAUAUAUUUUACACACAAGGAAAAAAAACAAUUCCCCUGGGAUUGGUUGUUGAUUUGACAAUGAAGUUUUGUUCUUGUGAAGCUGCAUCGUGUAUUUUAGUGUCUGAAUGGAGGUCAGUCAUGUAGAGAUGCUGACGACGUGUGUUAGUAAUUCUGGUCUAAUUUAAUUUUAACAUUUACUGGGUUCAUUAGAAAUAAUAGCUGACCCGCCUCCCUCUGCCCGCAGUCACUUGUGCCUCACUCGGUCCCACCCCAACUCCAGAAUCAACAUGAGACGCAAAGCCCCCUCUCCACUCGUUCAGAACAGGAGAGAAACUCCUCCCUAAAUCCUGAGAGAGCCAGCAUACCGAAGAGACCACUCGGUGGGGUGGUGUAGCUGUCCCUCCACCCUCGGGUAUAGAGAGGUUGCAGUUUUAUGUUGAACAAUUGAAUUGAUGUGAAUUAAAGAAUUAAAAAUCCUCAAUCUGAACUCCUCAGAUGAUCUCUGCCGCUGUGCUGUGUCUAUUUUAGAACGAGUAAAUCAAUGAAAUCAACAGGUUUCUAAAUCCGCAGAAAUGUGCGAGGGAGCAUGGUACAUGGAGGUGUAGAAGUGUGCUUUAGGAAGGAUGGCAGACUCUUUUAAUGAGAAACAGGGGGGUACAGAUUGGGGAAGGACCUGGGAGUCUCUUGCUGAAUUAUAACCAGAUAAUUGCUGAAUUAUACUGUAGAGGCAUACAAAUAGUGUUAGGUACAGUAGAGAGAGAGAGAGUUGGGGCUCUUAGUGAGGUAUAGAUAGGUAGAGAGAGUUGGGGGCUGUGUUACAGUAUAGAUAGUUGGGGUUUCUGUUACAGUGAGGUACAGUAGAGAGUUGGGCUCUGUUACAGUGAGGUACAGAAUAGAUAGGUAGAGAAAGUUGGGGCUCUGUUAGUGAGGUAUACAUUGGUAGAGAGUUGGGGUUUUUGUUACAGUGAGGUAGAGAGAGUUGGGGGCUCAAUUUAUAACCAGGUAUAGAAGGAAAUUGAAAGUACAACGUUUCUCAAGAACGGGGUUAUAGUGGGAUUGUAAAAUGGCAGUAUGUUGUACUUUAGAGAUCUGAGAAGCGGUCUCAAGCUUUAUAUUAAACAACGAUUUUAAUAUCCUAGUGUUCUGCGUUUAGUAAAAACUUGCUUCUGUUCCUCUGAGCAUAGCCAUUUCACAGCCAGUGUUCCCGCUUUGUUUCUAUGUCAAAUAAACACAGUUGUUGUUUUUUUUA